GCAAAAUAUGUUAAUGAUCUAUAUAUAAUGUGUGUCCUAUAUACAUGCAAAUAAACAGAUUAUGUAAAUUCUUGUUAUCAAUGUCUUUCUUUUGGCAUUCGUUACAAUUUUCUGUUAGUAUUUGUUACAAACCUGAAAAAGGGGUAGAGAUCUGAUAUACAUGUUGUUUUUACUCGCGAAAAUGGUGGAUUUGUGAUCUUUUAAUUUCUUUCUUGCAUGUCUCGACGUGGCGAUUAAAUUUAAUAUGGUAACGCGUGUGCGCGCACAUUAUUUUGUCUUUUUGUAAAGGUUAAACUCUAAGGAGGUACCUUUGAGCUGGGAACAAUUCCAUGGGUUCACAAAAAUAGAAGGAGAUUAGUGAUUGUACACCAAGUGAGCCGCAACUCUUAGGACUCAAUAUGAAACAGAAAGGUGUUCGAAAAUGUGGAAAUUAAGUGUGUUGAGGAAAAACAGAUUCUUUUUAAUAAUUAAUUUCUGGUUGUUUAUUGAUUGACAUGUUCACAAAUAGAACCAUUCUAGAUCCAACAAAGACAUGUAUGAAAUAAUUGAACAAAUGGUUGCAAUUUGUUAUCUGUGUUCACUUUAUUUUCUCUUCUUUUUUUCCCUUUUUCCAGUUGGGAUCAGUUCCACGCCGUUGGAUAUGCUUCAGUGAAGGAAUUGCAAUGAAGCAUAAUUGACCAUCUCUAUAUAUGCUUGCUAGACAAAGACAUGUAUUUGGUAUAACACUUCCUGCAGACUUGUUGCCACAUGCCUUAAUUCAUGUGAGGGAGCGCAUACAAUCCUUAUCAGUUGCCAUUUUUGGCAAAACAAUGUCACAUUGAGGUUGGCAUUAGAUAUUUAUGAUUCCAUUAUACAUGCAAAUACACAAGGAAGGAAAAUAAGGCAUUGAGUUACUGAUUAGCUGCAAAAUAUGGCUGGAAAACAUUUACCUGGAGGUUCAGUACUUCUGCACGGAGAACUGGACUUGCGGGUUAUAGAAGCAAAGUCACUUCCAAACAUGGACAUGACAUGUUGUUCUAAGUUUAGUCCUUUUGGGACUACGCGAAAGGUUAAGAGCAAGGAUACAGGGAAUAAAUCAGUAGCUCGUAAAAUAAUAGAUACUAGUGACCCCUAUGUGUCUGUAUGUAUAGGCGGGGCAAAAGUAGCUCGAACAACAGUGAUUCAUAACGAUGAAAACCCAACAUGGAAUGAGCAUGUACGCAUACCAGUCGCUCACAAAGUUGACAAAGUAGAAUUUUUUGUCAAGGACAAUGAUGGGGUAGGUGCUGAACUGAUUGGAAAGGUGGAAAUUCCUGCUGAUAAAAUUCAUGUUGGUAAAGAAAUAAGUGGUUGGUUCCCUAUUCUUGGAUCUUCUGGGGAUCCAUUGAAAACCGGUGCUCAACUGCAUCUGUCAAUCCAAUACAAGCCAGUGGCAGAGAACCCUAUAUAUAGAAAUGGUGUUGGAGGUGAAGCCAAUAGAGUAGGAGUACCGCAUACUUAUUUUCCACUGCGAAAAGGAGGGAAUGUUACUCUUUAUCAGGAUGCUCAUGUACCUGAUGCAACACUUCCUGAAAUUUUGCUAGAUGAUGGGAAAGUUUUUAAUCAUAACAAAUGUUGGGAAGACAUUUGUCAUGCCAUGUUGGAGGCUAAGUAUUUAAUAUAUGUUGUUGGUUGGUCCGUAUAUCAUCCUAUACGACUAGUAAGAGAACCUACAAGGCCGUUGCCUUCUGCAGGGGAACGAACACUUGGAGAUUUGCUCAAGUACAAGUCACAAGAAGGAGUUCGCGUCAUUUUGCUCAUUUGGGAUGAUAAAACUUCAAAUGAUGAUUUAUUCCUCAAAACGGAAGGUGUAAUGCAGACUCAUGAUGAAGAGACGAGAAAGUUUUUUAAACACUCAAGUGUACACUGUGUGCUUUGUCCUCGUUCCGCCAGCAGUAAGCUUAGUGUUUUGAAGAGACAGAUUGUUGGAAACCUUUUUACACAUCAUCAGAAAUGUGUGCUUGUUGACACAGAAGCACCUGGGAAUGAACGGAAAAUCACUGCUUUUAUUGGUGGCCUGGAUUUAUGUGAUGGUCGCUAUGACACUCCGGAGCAUAGACUGUUUAGCGAUCUCGAUACUGUCUUUGGAAAUGAUGUUCAUAAUCCUACAUUCACAACUACUUCAGGUGGCCCAAGAGAACCAUGGCAUGAUCUACACUGUAAAAUUGACGGUCCUGCUGCUUAUGAUGUUUUGACAAACUUUGAGCAAAGAUUUAACAAGGCCAUUAAAUGGCUCAAACUAAGGAAAGUUAAACAUGGAUCUGAUACAUUGCUUAAAUUAGAUCGAAUAGCAGCAAUUCGCAUGCCUUCAGCUGGGCCAGAUGGUGACCGUGUGGUCCGUGUCACAAGUGAACAAGAUCCAGAGAGUUGGCAUGUGCAAGUAUUUCGAUCAAUUGAUUCCGGAUCAGUAAAAGGAUUUCCAAAAGACAUUAAGGAAGCUGAAGCUCAGAAUCUUGUCAGUGGAAAAAAUUUGAAGAUAGAAAGAAGCAUACAUUUGGCUUAUGUGAAAGCAAUUCGAUCAGCCCAGCACUUUGUUUACGUAGAGAAUCAGUAUUUUCUUGGUUCUGCAUAUAGCUGGCCAUCGCACCGAAAUUCAGGAGCUAAUAACCUAGUCCCUAUGGAAAUAGCUCUGAAAAUUGCCAGAAAAAUAGCAGCAAAUGAACCUUUUGCAGCAUACAUUGUGGUUCCGAUGUGGCCUGAAGGUGUCCCAAGCAGUAAACCAGUCCAAGAAAUUCUCUUCUGGCAGAGCCAAACAAUGGCUAUGAUGUACAAAAUAGUGGCAGAGGCUUUAGAUAAGGCAGGGGUUUCUCAGUAUUUUCAUCCUCAGGAUUACUUGAACUUCUACUGCCUGGGGAAGCGCGAGGUAGCAAAGGGUAAAAGUGAGAAAUCUGUGUCACAGGGAUUGGCUCAGAAGUUUGGGAGAUUUAUGAUAUAUGUACACUCAAAAGGAAUGAUAGUAGAUGAUGAGUAUGUGUUGAUGGGUUCUGCAAAUAUCAACCAAAGAUCUUUGAGUGGUUCUAGGGAUACAGAAAUUGCUAUGGGAGCUUAUCAACCAAAUUAUACAUGGGCCAAAAAAGAUAGUCAUCCCCAUGGCCAGGUCUAUGGUUAUCGGAUGUCUCUCUGGGCUGAGCAUCUUGGAGUGGUAGAGAAUACCUUCACGGAGCCACAGACAGUGGAAUGCGUUAGACGCGUUAAUGAGAUAGCGAGAUACAAUUGGAAGGCAUUUUCAGGGGAUGAGUACAAGAAGAUGAAGGGGCAUUUGAUGCAAUAUCCAAUUCAGGUCAGCAAGAAUGGAGAUGUCACAACUCUGCCUGGAGUUGAAUGCUUCCCUGAUGUUGGUGGUAAGAUACUAGGGGCACCCACAAAUCUUCCUGAUGCUCUUACCACUUAAUGCCACCGCUUGAAACACGUUGUGCUUAGUCGGAUCAGUAGAUUUUGGAUACCAGAUGCCUAAAAGCAAAAAAGACAAUACCUAGAGGUUUUACUAUAUGGUCUAUUAUGGUUCAACUGCCAGGCUGAUUAGUGAUGAAAAGGCUCAAUCUCCCCUAAGAUUAAGAUGAUAGUAUCUAUUCAGAAACUUUAUAGUCAGUUUUAUCUAAAAAAAAUUUAUAGUUGUACAAACUAAUUUCUAUUUUUUCGCUACAACUACAUAAGAAGUCUGUACAUUGUGCAAGUUAGAUGUUAAGAAAAGGUUGAUAAAUAGUUUGAGCUUUGUUAUAGUUGGUGUAAUAUGAAAAUCUCUCUUUUUUGUGUU